CUACGCACAGCUCCAUGGACCGCACGGUGGUGCUCAUCACUGGCUGUUCCUCCGGCAUUGGCCUACACCUGGCCCUGCGCCUGGCGUCCGACCCAUCCCAGAGCUUCAAAGUGUACGCCACGCUGAGGGACCUGACGGCACAGGACCCACUUUGGGAGGCUGCCCGGUCCCGAGGGUGCCCUCCUGGCUCCCUGGAGAUGUUGCAGCUGGACGUGAGGGAUGCAGAUUCCAUAGCCGCUGCCCGGGCACGCGUGACCGAGGGCCGCGUGGACGUGCUGGUAUGUAACGCAGGCCGGGGCCUGGUGGGGCCGCUGGAGGCACACGAGGAGGACAGCGUGGGCUCCGUGCUGGAUGCGAACCUAACCGGGACCGUGCGGAUGCUGCAAGCCUUCCUGCCGGACAUGAAGCGGCGACGCUCGGGACGCAUAUUGGUGACCGGGAGCAUGGGAGGCUUGAUGGGUCUUCCCUUCAACGCCGUUUACUGCGCCAGCAAGUUUGCAAUCGAGGGUUUGUGCGAGAGUCUGGCGAUUCCGCUGCAGCCCUUCGGGGUCCACUUGAGCCUCAUCGAGUGCGGCCCGGUGCACACCGCCUUCCCCGAGAAGCUGGAGGGCGGCCUGGGCGGGGCGCUGGACCGCGCGGACGCCGAGACCCGCGACCUCUUCUCCCGCUACCUGAGCCACUCCCAGCAGAUCUUUCUUGAGGAGGGGCAGGACCCGGAGGACGUGACCAAGGUCUUCCUCCAGGCGCUGCGCGCCCCGCGCCCGGCCCUGCGCUACUUCACCACCGAGCGCUUCCUGCCCCUGAUACAGCUGCGCUUCUCCGACCUCAGCGGCUGCAGUUACGUCGCUGCCGCGCACCGAGAAGUGUUCGGCGACCAGGCCGCCGAGGGCUCAGACGGCGCCGGGGCGGAGGCCGGAGCCGGAGAACUGGGGGCACCUGAGCUCGGAGCUCCUCUUGCCGCCCCGAAAUAA